CAAACAUGUCGGGGCGUUCAGUACGUGCUGAGACCCGGAGUCGUGCCAAAGAUGACAUUAAGAAAGUGAUGGCGGCGAUAGAGAGAGUUCGCAGAUGGGAGAAAAAGUGGGUGACAGUUGGAGACACAUCUCUGAGAAUAUUUAAAUGGGUUCCUGUAGUGGAUACAAAAGAGAAGGACAAGAGCAAACUGUCAGGCGGAGCAGAGAGACAACUGGACAGCUUCCCUACAGAGUCAGCACCAGAGAAUUCACGGUCCGUCCUGCUGGACUUUCAGGAUGACAACAGCAACCAAAGCUCUCUGUCUGACGUGUACCAACCCAAAGUGGACAGCAGCAGUAACUCCAGUCCACAGCCCAGUGAACCAGUGAGCCCAGCCCAAGGAUGUGACUUUCGCGCUGAUGAUUCACAGCCUCCCACCCUUGGUCAGGAAAGCAUGGAAGAACCACUCCCACAGUCUUGUGAAGUUGCCGAUGAGCCCCCGACCUUAAUCAAGGAAGAUCUCUUACCUCUUAAUGCUCAGGCAGAAGAGGAGGAAAGUUCUGGAGCCCCACCACUGAAAAGAGUCUGUACUGAACAGACGUCAGUCCUUCAGUCUGCUCCCAUGAGCUAACACACAACGUGUUUUUGGUGUUGAAAUCCGAUUGGACAGGCCACCUGUCCGUCCUACAACUGCUGCGAGUGACAUGCAAUGGACCAGGCGUAUUCAAAUUAGUGAAUAUUUUUAUAGCUUCACAAAGUGACAACUUUGAAUAUGACUUUAUGUUUUGUUGGGUGUUGUUUUUUUUGUUUUUGUUUUUGUUUUUUUGCUCCUCCAUUUGCCCUCAUUUUGUCUUUGUUUGUUCUUGAAGAGCAUUUGUGGCUUUGUAUGUGAGAAAACCACACAGGCUAUAGCUGGAGUUACAGGUCGUCGACUGGACAUUACUGAAAUCAGAGAACUUAAAAUGAAACUUAUGAAGGCAAAUAAAUAUUCAUCCGUAGAUUCAUAAUCCAGUGCUUAAUGAAGAGAUACAUGAAAGAAAUAAUCAUCUAUGUUGGUUAUACAUUACUGUGCAUGUUUGUUAAAGGAUUCCAUUCACAUAUUGCACAUCAGAGCACUUGAGCAGAAUAUAGUAAAUUAUUUAGGACCAGUGUUUUGGUGAAUGGACUUUCCUCUAGGACCAGUGUUCUCCCAUCCCUGUAUGUAGUUUUCUGAAUGCUGACCGAUGUACAUAUAUAUGAUAAAUUAAAGCAAAACAGAUUUAAUUUAUCAUAUUUUCUUAAUUUAUGAUGACUGUGUUUAACAAUAUGUGACGCGCCAUAUUCGUGUCAUACAAACAAAACAUUGAAUGUCCUAAAGUAACUGAAGUUAUUCUAAGUUUCUGUAAUCCCAUUUUAACUGGUUUAUUUGAAUAGUUUACAAAAGCUGUUUCUCUGUUUUAAAAAAAAAUAUGUUUAUGUUAGGAUUGGCAAAGAUGUGAAUAAUGUUUUAAUUUCAUUUAUUUCCUUGUUUUGGAUUCUGAAUUCCUCAGGGUCUUUUUCGUGCCUCCAGUUGUCAGAGAGGUCAGAUUGUGUAGCGUUCUUUUGCAGCAGCUUGCUAGCUUCAUACAAUGUUUGCUCAAGCCUAAAAAAAACAGUUAUUUCUUGUUCUUUUUUUCUCAGCAUC